AUGCAUGCGAAAGACAAACAGGAUGAGGUUCCAGACAAAGUCGAAACCGCAUCCAAUCAAUCAAAAAUAGCAUCAAUCAAUCCUGAUAAAGCAGCGCCGGGAUCAACUUCAACGCCCAUGGGACUUGAAAUUCAAGAUGAAAGACAAUUCUUAUCAUUCAGGGAGAGCCUCAGUGAAGUCAAUAGUACGCAUUUCUCAAAACGAGAGUUGCCGGACGGGAAGCUUGAACAAGAUAGCUCUGUUCAACCAACCAUCUACAAGGUUUAUAAGCGACGAUUUGUUGGGUUGAUUAUGUUGGCUCUACUGAAUGCUAUGUCCGCUCAUAACGCUACACUCUUUACAACCAUCACUACUCAAACUUCUUCCGUUUUUCAAAUGUCUUUAACAAAAGUGAAUUGGCUUGGAAACAUUUUCGGGGUCACUUUUGUUGUAGUAGCUUGGUUUGUACCUUUACUCGUCGAAAAAAUGGCUAUACGAUGGGUUUGUAUUAUGGCCGGGGCAGCCAUGACUAUUGGAGCUUGGUUACGCUAUGCUGCCACAUAUACAACAAACUCUCUAGACACACACGCUGAGCAUAUGGCCGCCUACAGCUUACUACUCCUUGGUUCCUUCAUCAUCUCGAUCUCCCAACCUCUUCUAUUAAUCCUCGGUCCAGCUUUCAGUGAAUUGUAUUUCUCACCCAAAACUCGUAUGACAGCAACAAUGAUAAUUGCUGUCUCAAACCCAGUAGGUCAAGCAGUUGCAAGUUUUCUUGCACCAACACUUGUUCCUGAAAAAGCUACUAUGAGUGAUUUCAAAACAUUACUUUUAGUUGUCGCAUCUGCUACUACUUUGAUUUCGUUAGUAUCACUUGCUAUUGGGAAUGGACCUCCAACUCCUGCCUCAGCGAGUUCUGAAAUACCACGUCAUUCAGCUUGGGAUGGAUUUAAAGUCUUAUUUGGGAUUCAUACGUCAUCAAAAGCAAAAGUCAAUCGACAAUUUCACACUUAUAACAAAACUCAACCUGACAAUCAAAAUUCAAACCCAGCUUACAAAAACUCUCCAGAAUACCUUGACUUUUCUAUCGAUGAACGACCUGGUCAUGAGGAUUUGACACGAAGAGAUAGGAUUGACUUUCUCUUAUUAACUUGGUUAUUUGGUACACUUGUUGGGGCUUUUUCUGCUUAUGCAAUCUUGAUUGAACAAAUCUACUCACCUUAUGGAUUCAAUUCAGAUCAAGCUGGUUAUUUUGGUAUAGCUUCAAUCAUACCAGGUUUAAUUAGUGCAGGAAUUAGUUCACCUAUCUUUGAUAGAUUCUUACGUAGAUCUAGAGGUCCGAUUAUUAAAUGUUUAGGUCCAUUACUUGGUUUGACUUAUUUUGGUUUGAUUUGGAUUCCUAAAACAAAAAAUAUCGGUGCUAUUUAUGUCUUGAACAUUGGGAUUGGGAUUUUUAGUUUUAUAAGUUUACCAGUUGCGCUUGAAUUAGGUGCAGAUAUCACUCAUAAGGCUAUGACACCUGAUUCUUCUGCUGCUAUAUUAUAUUUAGUAGGAAAUGCGUUAUCUGUCAUCUUUCUAAUCAUCAUGGAUGCACUUCGUUCUGGUUCAGAUUCGUCACCACCAUUUGAUAUGACCAAUGCUUUGAUCUUUCAGGGAGUUAUGACCCUUUCAGCAUCUAUUUGUAUCGUAGGUCUCAAAGCUAAGCAACGUCGACCUGAUCUUUGA